ACGCUUCCCAAUGCGGUAUAGUCUGGGGUGAAUAAUACUGGCGGGCGAGAGCCAGAAUUAAUCGAUUCCCGUUUGCCGUCUUUCUUCAAAACGACAUCACUUUUCCCAUCCUUCCUCCAUCAUCCACCACGUUUUCUUUCUAUCAAAUCCAACUACACUUGUGCAGUGAAAUAAUCCUGACUAUCACACAACAAUGUUCAGACGCUUGGUAUCAGUCGCCCCUCGCGCCGUUGGCACUUUGGCCACUCCUCGUAUCACACCCGCCCUCUCCGGCGUUCAGACCCAGACACAAUCCAUCUUCCGGGCAUCUGCUGAUCACUACAACAACCCUCGCAAUGUUGGCUCGCUGAAGAAGGGUGAUGAAGACGUUGGCACCGGUCUCGUCGGCGCUCCCGCCUGUGGCGACGUCAUGAAGCUCCAGAUCCGUGUCGACAAGGACAGCAACAAGAUCAGCGAGGUCAAGUUCAAGACUUUCGGCUGCGGCAGCGCCAUCGCCAGCUCCAGCUACCUUACCGAGUUGGUCCGAGGCAUGACCCUCGAGGAGGCCGGUAAGAUUCGAAACACUGAGAUCGCCAAGGAGUUGUGCUUGCCGCCCGUCAAGCUGCACUGCUCUAUGCUCGCUGAGGACGCCAUCAAGUCUGCCAUCUCCGACUACCACCUCAAGAACCCCAGAGCUGUCAAGACCGACCUCUCAGGCACUGGUGCUACCAUGCCUAACGUCAAGGUUGAGAUCGAGCAGACCGAGGGUGCUGCUGCCACCUUGUAA